AGCUGAGCCUCCCCCGGGCAAGCUGGUGCCAGGGGAAGCCAGUGGGCCAGCUCCCCAGAGGGCGUACACUGGCGUAGCCGCACUGAAGUCUUUGGAUUUACACCAGCCGAGGAUCCAGCCCCUGUGGUUUACGAUCCUGAGCCGGGAAAGUCUCCCCGGUCCUGCCCCAGAUUCCAGUGCAGUUUAACGUCUCCGCAGUUGAGGCAGCCGGAGCUGUUGCUGACGGGGAAAGGGCUGAGUGCCCAGUGGGGGAGCAGCAAGGCUGGGGGUGCUGCGCUGCGUCUCCCUUCCACGGAGAGCCCCAGCAAGCCCCGGCUCGUCCAUGCAGCGGGCGAGGGAGCGAGCGUCCCUGUGCCAGACCCGAGCAGCGAGGGGGGCUUGCUUCGUAUUUCAGUAUCUGCUGAGCCAGACAGUUGUUUAAUUUCCCAGGCAGGGACGGGAGGGGAAUGGAAAGUUUCCCUGGGAGCGAGAGCGCUGUGUUUGCAAUGCGCUUCCUGCUUUGUACCAAACGGACAGUUUGUCUUCUCUGAAUGGGACCCGGGGAGACGGCGCUGUGAGACCCUCAGGAAACGGAGCCGCGUAGCAACGUCCCGCCGGCCCCCCGGUCACGCUCGUUCACCUUCAGCCAGAGCACAGCGCGGAGCCAGAGCGAGAGAGGGGCAGGCAGCCUCCAUAGAGCUUCUGCGCACAAUCAAACUGAUGGCCUGAAAGUGACGGCAGCGGCCCCCGCGCCCCCUCUCUGCCAGCCUGGGCCCCGCUGUGGGCAGGGGAGCCCUCAAAGUGAUUUUCCGGGGGGAGAGUUUUCAACAGGAGGGUGAAGGCCUGCCUGAGCCUCUUGUGCAUGUGGCCCCCCACACACGCUAAUUUGUGGCUCCGAAAUGCUGAACCCGAAGCAUGGCUCCCCGGGGGCCUCCCCCAGUGCCUCCCCCUGCAGCUCCCCCCGCAACUCGCCCAUCCUCUUCAGGAAACUCAUGAUGAACCAGAGCAUCCGCAUGCAGCGGCGUUUUACCGUGGCUCACCCCCUCUGCUUUGACAUUGAAAAUGGCCUUUCAUCGGGGAGGAGCCCGCUGGACCCCCAAGCCAGCCCCGGCUCUGGCCUGGUCCUGCAGGGGAACGUCCCUCACAGCCAGCGGCGGGAGUCCUUCCUCUACCGCUCCGACAGCGACUAUGAUCUGUCUCCCAAAGCCAUGUCCCGGAACUCCUCCAUCGCCAGCGACCUGCAUGGAGAAGACAUGAUCGUCACGCCCUUCGCGCAGGUCCUGGCCAGCCUGCGCACCGUCAGGAGCAACUUUGCCAUGCUGACGCAUCUGCAGGACCGCGUGGCUAGCAAGAGAACUUCUAGCAGCAACCCACCCUCUGUGUGCAAGGCCAGCCUGUCGGAGGAUGCCUGUCAGAAGCUGGCAAUCGAGACCCUGGAAGAGCUGGACUGGUGCUUGGACCAGCUGGAGACCCUGCAGACCAGGCAUUCUGUCAGCGAGAUGGCCUCCAACAAGUUUAAAAGGAUGCUGAAUAGGGAACUGACGCACCUAUCCGAAACCAGCCGCUCUGGCAACCAGGUGUCUGAAUACAUCUCCAGCACCUUCCUGGACAAGCAGCAUGAGGUGGAAAUUCCCUCCCCCACGCCCAAGGAGAAGGAGGCGGAGAAGACGACGCGCCCCAUGGCCCAGAUCAGCGGCCUGAAGAAACUGACGCACAGCUCCAGCUUCAUCAGCUCCAGCAUCCCUCGCUUCGGGGUCAAGACGGACCAGGAAGGGCUCCUGGCCAAGGAACUCAAAGAUACAAACAAAUGGGGUCUUGACAUGUUUAAAAUCACCGAGUAUUCUGGCAACCGCCCGCUUACGGUCGUCAUGUACAGCAUCUUCCAGGAGCGGGACCUGAUGAAGACCUUCAGCAUCCCAGCCGACACCUUCAUCACCUAUCUGAUGACCCUGGAGGACCAUUACCAUGCCGACGUAGCCUAUCACAACAAUAUCCACGCCGCAGACGUGGUCCAGUCCACGCACGUGCUGCUGUCCACGCCGGCUCUGGAGGCUGUGUUCACGGACCUGGAGGUCAUGGCUGCCAUCUUCGCCAGCGCCAUCCAUGACGUUGACCACCCAGGCGUGUCAAACCAGUUCCUGAUCAACACCAACUCGGAGCUGGCUCUGAUGUACAACGACGUCUCUGUCCUGGAGAAUCACCACUUGGCCGUGGGCUUCAAGCUCCUCCAGGAGGAAAACUGCGACAUCUUCCAGCACCUCAGCAAGAAGCAGCGGCAGUCGCUCCGCAAGAUGGCCAUCGACAUGGUGCUGGCAACGGACAUGUCCAAACACAUGAACCUGCUGGCAGAUCUGAAGACGAUGGUGGAGACCAAGAAAGUGACCAGUCUGGGAGUCCUGCUGCUGGAUAACUACUCGGACCGAAUCCAGGUCCUGCAGAACAUGGUUCACUGCGCUGACCUCAGCAACCCCACCAAGCCGCUGGAGCUGUACCGCCAGUGGACGGACCGGAUCAUGGUGGAGUUCUUCCACCAGGGGGACCGGGAGCGGGAGAAGGGCAUGGAGAUCAGCCCCAUGUGUGACAAGCUCAGCGCCUCCGUGGAGAAGUCCCAGGUGGGCUUCAUCGACUACAUCGCUCACCCGCUGUGGGAGACGUGGGCCGACCUGGUGCACCCCGACGCCCAGGAGAUCCUGGACACGCUGGAGGACAACCGGGAGUGGUACCAGAGCAUGAUCCCGCGCAGCCCCUCGCCGCCCGAGGAGCAGGACCCCGAGAAGGGCGGUGGGGGGGAGAAGUUCCAGUUCCAGCUGACCCUGGAGGAGGAGGGCGAGUCGGACACUGAGCCGGAGGAGGCCGAGAGCCCGCUGGAGGAGGACAACAGUGGCAGCGACUCCAAGAUGCUGGCCACGGACGACUCGGAGUCGCCAGAGCUCGAGCGCCUGUCCCCUGGCUCCGCUGGCCGGGACUCUCCGCCCCCCACGCCCAGCGGCCCGCUCAGGAACACGCUGGUCAAGCAGAAAGAGGCCUUGCACUUUGACAACAGGAGGGCUCUGGAGAGGACGCUCUCGCAGCCCGACGGCGGCACCUCGGAGCUGGGCCGCAGGGGGAGCCUGGAGGCCAAGGAGCUGGCCCUGGACACAGAGGGGAACCUCACGUUUCUGCCACUGGGGACGUAACGGGCAGGGCCCGCUGUGCCCAUUGGUUGGGUCUGGGAGCCACCUGGAGACUGGGCACCGCAGGGUCGUUAAUAAAGAGAGCGAGAUUGGGGCAUGGAGCACAUGAGCUCUGUGGGCCCCCACCCUCCCGUAGCACCCACUGGGGACUGAGAUCAGGACCCUCUGGAGGGAGCAGGCAGCAGCUGGCCAGGCGGGCCCGGACUAGAAUCGUCAAGCUGCCAUGUGCCCUCGAGUGAUGACCGGGCACACGGCGUGGGAAUGGCUCUGUCCCUGAGCAGGCCCCCAGCCGCCCGGGGCGGGUCUGUGUGCUGCCACUGGGCUCGGACAGGGCUGCGGCCGCAGCAUUGUCGUGUGUGUCUUGCCUCACUAUCCUCGGUCUCACCCUGUGCCCUACGUCCCCGCGCCUGCCAGCCAGGGCCCGACCCGGACCUGGAUGGGCAGAAGGGCUGGGAGCUGCGGGGAGGGCAGACAGGCCACGCAGACCCACGAGCAUCCCUGCUGCUCACAGCUAAGCACUGUGUCCCCUUCAGGCUGCAGCUCUGGGCUCCUGAGUGGGGAGCGUGUUCCCUGGUACCCCUGGCCGUGCCCCCUCGGACCCUGGUCCUCUCCCCCUCCCACCCUGCCGGGAGGCACUGCCUCUCCUCCCGGGGAAGCCAGGCCUUUGAUCCACAUGCACAUCGGGGCUGUGCCAACCCGGCGGCCCAGCUAAGCCCCUAGCAGCAUCCCUGCCUUGAGCUCCUUAGCAGCCAGUCUGCAGUGUCCUGCCUGUUAGCGGCUCAUCAGCCCCCUCCGUGAAGCCCUGCCCACCCUGCGGAAGGGGAUGUGAGGCGGGGACCCCCCUCCAGGAGGUGGGGCUUUGCCCCCACGUUCCAGCUCCAAGCACUCCGCCCCGUGGCUGCAGGGGCUGGAGCGCUGGGUGCAUGCAGGCCGCAGCUGGGAUUUCCUCACAGGGUGACAGUCACAUCAUCUCCCCGGGAGCUCGGGGCCGGCCGGGCACUCAGCUGCUGUGACCUGGCGCAGCUCCUUGGUACCCAGCAGAGCUGCUGGUCUCGGGCCCUGUGAGUAACAGAGCCGGGAAGGAACCGUCCCGUGUCACCGGGCGCAGGCCCCGCUCCCACCGGCCGCCCCAAGGGCUCUGUCCAUGGAGGCAACUCCCCGUGGAAGGGCUCCCACCCCCUGCGGCUGGGCCUGGGAGCCAUAGGGGAAGGGAAGGGGAAGGGGAAGGGGAAGAAGCUGUCUGGGUCUCAGGCACCUUUAUCCGGGCUCAUGGUGCCCACGCCGGGAGCUGUGCUGCUCUAGCGACUUUCCCCGCCUCUCCCUGUCCUCCCUGCCCAGCUGUGCGGGUCCCAGUGAAGCCAGCAGGAGGCACGGCUGGUAAUGGGAGGUUUUAUGGAAGGCCCUGGGUGGCAGAGGGUCUCUGUAUUUACAGGAGCUGUCACGGAAAAGUGUCUAGUGCUGCCCGUCAGGGACGCCCCGUUCUCACGUGUUGUCCUGCGCUGGGACCUAGACCACACAAGUACUUUAUACUUUGGUGUGCUGCUGUGAAUCUCCAUUGCCUCUAAUUUAUGCAACUAAACGAACUGGCUGGCCCCCCUCAGCGGGGGGACGGUCAGUGCAGGGGCCGGGCACUGACAUACCCCCGGCUUCCCUGACGCCAAACAGCCCUUUGCCGGCAGACACUGCAGAAUAGGAACCAAAAGGGGAGAUGCGUAAAACGCCGCUUUAAACGGUUCCCCUCACAAAGCACCACUGGCUCUCCAAUGCAACAGCACCCCGACUGUGGGGGGGGCUGGGAGACCCUGGAGCACUGCGGGGGG